AUGGAGGACAUCAUGGCAUUUAACAAGCUGUUGGACAAACCGACUCCUCCACAGGCCAAUACGCUAGAGAUCGACAUCUCCACCCUUUCAACCGCGAAUGCAAGCAUCAACCCACUUCGCUGGAUGCUUGAUUCGGGCGCUUCAUACCAUAUGAUGCCCAAUUAUCACGUUUUUGUCGAGUAUUCACCUUGCAGAGUCCCUGUGAAGGCUGCCAACGGCAAGCGCUUCUACACACAAGGCCUUGGCACCACCCGACUUACCACGAUCGGAAAGGACGAUCAGGUCAUUUGUCCUAUCAUUCUGAAGAACGUCUGGCACGCUGAAUACCUCGACAGCUCCCUUAUCUCGUGUCGUACCAUGUUCCGCGACGAUGGCAUCACAUGUACGCUAUCGGAUCAUGCAAUCCUAACCUCACCGGCCGGAUAG